AUGAGCGAACAGCAAACGACAGGAAGCGCGUGGCCGGACCCACCUUACUUAUAUAAACGAUACACAAAAGAGAACUUGGAGAAAUUACAACAAGCAAAAAAGACUGGCGAGUUUCCAGAAACUCCCAUUAGUCAAUCACCACCAGCUCCCGAUUUCCUGCUACAAUCUCUCGAACCACCUGCACCACCCACCGACUCUUAUACCAUUUUCGAUCAACGAUGGCAGGUCCACGAACAAUUACAACCAUUGAGUGAACUCGGUUUUCUUGAUUUACUCGAUGUCCUUGUCAAAGAUCCGGAGCAGUAUGGCGAACGGAUAGAAAACAUUAGUACAAUAUUCAUCAACAUGCAUCAUAUCCUCAACGAAUACCGACCUCAUCAAGCACGAGAAACGUUACGUCUACUCAUGGAAAAUCAAAUAGCAAAGAAAAAACGAUUGGCAGCCGAAUUACGAAGGUAAAAACGUGUUGAUGACGGCACUUUGUGGAGAAGUGCAUCAGCAAUUUGUAAUACUGAUUCAUGCCAUUGCUACGCCAUAUCUUAUAGUAGAAGCAAAGAAACGCUACAAAUGCUGCAAACUUUUGGUGCAGAAACAACAAAGCCAUUAUUGGAAGCGGAUCGGAAGGACUCGAUUAUGGAUAUGAUGGAUAUCAAGGAGGAGCCAGAUGAUAAGAAAGAUAUUGUGAUGGAAGAGCCAGAGAAAAACGACACGGAAGCAGAACGACUGCGUGAAAAUCUAGUAUCCUUAAUUGAUAACAUUGUAUAAACCAUUCUAGCAUAAUUGGAGCGUGUGCA